CGUUCCCUCUUAUCAGCCUCCCUCUUCCUCCUCCUCGCCGAAACCCUAAAAACCCUAAAUCCCCUCCUCGUCUCCUCCGAUCACUAAUCCACCACGAAACCCUAACCCGCCCCUAUUCUCCAAGCUUCAUCGGAACAUGCCAUUUGUUGCAGAUUCCAUCGGAUAGAGCGCAAUAUCACUGGACCAACUAGGGUUUGUCUUAAUAUAUUUGCUUAUAAGAGUAGAAUCGAUUGCGCGGUUCUCGAUUCAAUACUUGGUUCUUCAAUUUUGUAUCUAAUUGGAAUGAUAUCCUACUUUUUCCAAUCCAAAAGGGGUUUUGUUUGCCAUCGUUUAGUAUCUUUUGUAGUAGUUUGUAUCUAAUACGGUGAACGACUCUCUACAAGUGACUCUGAACUCAGUGGUGAUGACACUGCACCUGAAGAUCUAAAAAUUCCUCAGGACCUGGCGGAUGCCUCUGCUAUGGAUUGCGCUCCGCAUAAAAGCAAAGAAGAAAUUUUUGAUGAUGAUGAUGAUGAUAAUAUUGGUGAAAAUGUCGAAGGAGACGAUAAAACACCUCGAGUGGGGAUGGUAUUCACAACUUACAACGAAGCGUCUAGCUUCUACAAGCAAUAUGCUUUGAGUGUAGGAUUUGGGGUAGCCGUUAGGAAAUCAUCGUUUACUAAAUCCGGAAUAUGUCGAAGGUUGAUACUCGCGUGUACUAGGGGAGGGAAGGGGCGGCCCGACGCUUGCUAUCAAGCUAGGCAGACGGCAAAGACGAACUGCCAAGCUAUGGUAGUAGUGAAGUUGUGGAGCGACGGAUUACUUCAUCUCGUCGAAGCGAAUCUCGAACACAAUCAUCCGCUCAACCCAUCCGCUGCGCGAUUAAUGAGUUGCUACAAAAAAAUGAUUGAUUCAGAGAGAGAAGAAACUAUUGCACAGCCUAGCGGACGGAGAAAUUCACAACCUAUAGAGAAGGAAUGUGGAAAUGCUAGUGAGAUUGGGAGAUUGAAGCUCGGAGAAGGAGAUGAUGAACUAAUCAAUCAAUUUUUUGCAAAUAUGCAGAACAAGAAUCCAAACUUCUUCUACUUAGUGGAUUUAGACAGGUGCGGCCGCUUGAGGAACUUGUUUUGGGCUGAUGCGAGGUCUAGAGCGGCAUAUGAGUAUUUUGGCCAUGAUGUUAUUUACUUCGAUACGACAUUCUUGACUGAAAAAUAUGAUCUUCCAAUUGUCUGUUUCGUUGGGAUGAACCAUCAUGGUCAGUUGGUUUUGUUUGGUUGUGGUUUGCUUAGUGAUGAAACUGUUGAAAGCUAUACGUGGUUAUUUAGGGCAUUCUUAACGUGCGUGCUCGGCCGCUAUCCUGGUGCCGUAAUUACAGAUCAUUGCAAGUCCAUUCAAGAUGCAGUUGCGGAGGUGUUUCCUCAAGCUCGGCAUCGUCUUUGCUUGUCUCUUAUAAUGAGAAAAUUAUCAGAGAAAUUCAAAGGUUUUGGGGAAUUUAAAACAAUUAAAAAGGCGUUUAAGAAAGCGUCGUAUGAUUCUUUCAGGGCCGGUGAUUUUGAAGAAGCAUGGAGAAAGAUGAUCGAGAAAAAUGAACUUGAAGGCAAUGAAUGGUUGGAUUCACUGUAUGCGAAUAAACAUUUGUGGGCCCCCGUUUUUCUCAAAGACAAAUUCUGGGCAGGAAUGUCCAUUUCACAACGUGGGAAGUCUGUUACUUCCUUCUUUGAUAGUUGUGUGUAUCCAAAAACGUCUUUAAAACAGUUUCUAAGUAAAUACGAGGCGAUUAUACAAAGCAAAUACAAGAAGGAGGCACAUGAUGAUUCCGAGUCCUUUCACAAGACCCCACUCACCAUAUCAAAAUUUUACAUGGAGGAGCAGCUAUCCAAACUCUACACAGUAAACAUGUUCCGGAAGUUUCAGGAUGAACUAAAAGCCACAAUGUAUUGCCAUGCUACGCCCACUAAUUCAAACGGGCCGCUUACGACGUUUGAAGUUAAAGAAUGUUCGUACAUGGAGGGUGGUAAAAGGACAGAAAGUAAAGACCAUGAGGUUUAUUUCAAUGAUGAUGAGCUUGCAGUCGAAUGCAUUUGCGGUUAUUUUCAGUUCUGUGGAAUUCUGUGUAGGCACGCCCUCUCUGUUUUGAAGUUGCAGCAAGUAUUUGAGAUACCGUCACGAUACAUUCUUGAUCGGUGGAAAAAAGACUACAAGAAAUUACAUGCUUUGGGUCGUUCCUACGAUGAAUUAUUAGAUGAUAAUAUACUUCACUGUUACAGCUAUUUGUCCACACAGUGCCUUCAACUGGUCGAGUUAGGGUUUAUAUCCGAUGAUAGAUACUCAGUUGCUAUUAAGUUGCUGAAAGAGGCAGAAAAGUUGCUUCUUGAUGAUGGUUCUAGCCGAGAUAGACAACCUAAGCUUCUAUCCUUUGAUAGUUAUCCAAGUGAAAAUGUUCAAGGCCUAUUAGUUUCACAAAUGGGUUUCUCUGAGGGCAAUAAGAAUUUAGAAUCUUCAAAUGUGAAGCGUCGAGGUAGGCCAUCAAAAAAAGAACGAGAAACUCAUAUAGAGACGUUAGUUGGGUCGAAUAAGGAACAGGACUUUCUAAGAUCAUCACUGGUUGGAAAUGGAACCAAUUUGCUUCAAGCUGACCCUACUGCAUCACAACUUAACAGUCAAAUGGGGGCUCCGGGAGGCAUUGAUUUGAUGGAAGAAAUCGGCCCAAAUGAGUUGUCAUUUGGUACUCAUUUCAGCACGCAUGUUAAUCACCCGCAUCAUAUGACCAGCCAAACGAGAUUGCCGCCGAGCAACUUUUUGCCGGGUCAGCAUGAGAACCAAUCAAUGAGAAAUCAGUCAAGAAUGCAGUGGAUCUAUCAGCAAAUGUUGCAGGAGGAUCACAUUCCAAAAACUCCCAGUCAGAGGACGGGGUAGAGGUUGCAUUUUUCGCUGAAGUGAAGUCUAGGCAGGGCUAGUGGCAAGUCGGUCUGUGCAGUUCACAUGUGCCUCGGCACCGACGGUGCUGGCUGCGACGGGAAUUUCGAACCGUACAUUCGAAAGAGUUAUCGUUUGGACUUAAAAACCAUGGCGAUAUAUACGCAGAUUCUACAGAGGUUGCAGUUUUCGUAUACGACUUGGUGCAGAUAGUUCCAUUUUCAGUAAACCUCAGAUGCUGCAUUCGGAGCAGAGCUCGGCGCAGGUGGCCACCUCCAGUUCGCGAGUUACUCCGUUUUAACUAGAGGAAAAUCGCGGUAUCAUCGGAUAUGUAGUUGGAAAGCAUAUAUCAUAGCAGAAAGAUAUACAUGUACAGCAUGUUUAAAGGUUUCUAAUUUUUAGGCUGUGUUUGGUUUGAGAACUAAAUUUUGAAGAAUAACUCUUAUUAUUUUCGAGAACAAGGGAUGUCCCGGUAGAAGUUACAACAAGCUAUAAAUUACGUUUGGAUGUUGUUUGUUUGUUCUUAGAGAAUAUUCUUGAUA